AUGUUAGCGACACUCGAGCCCUUAAUGGAAAAUGAUUUUUUCUUACCAAAUAUCAAUUUUAAUAAUGCGAGCAAUUGUCAAUGCUACUUAUCAGAUUCUUGUGUUUGCUUACCGGAAGAAGAACUCUUGGAUAAUAAAACUAUUGAUUCGUUCAAUGAGAACGAAAAGUUAUUUUUUCCCAUCGUUGACACCUUUGGUUCCCAAUCCUCUGUUGUUUCCGUAUUUAAUCCUUAUAAGUAUGGUUCGGAAGUUCAUUAUGAUUAUUCUGCCGUUCUGGAUUCCUAUUCGCCUGAUACAAACACCACACUAGUUUUCAACUUUCAAGAUGAAGGAGAUUCUAUAAAGAAAAUUACAUGCGAACCACUCAAAGAGAAACGGAGAAUAAAAGAAGAAGUAUUCGAUUCUGACGAACCACGGAAGAAGUUCGCAAGGUUCAGAGACAAGAAGUUUGUUUGUGAUGUAUGCGAGCACACUUUCACAUUGAAGCAGAAUGUCGCUCAGCACUUCUAUUUGUAUCACCAUCCCAGAAAAGAAUCCACAAAUAAACUCACUAGAGACAAAGUAUCCCGGUAUCAGUGCACAAAGUGUGAUAAAAUUUUCCUGAAGCUCGAGCAAGCUAAACGUCAUGAAGUUAGAGUUCAUGGUGACGUUGCAAUUUUGAAAGAGAAAAAAGUGUUCGCUUGUGAUGAAUGCACGAAGGUUUACCCAACAAACACACAACUGCGUGAUCACAAGCGUGUCUUCCAUCAAAACAUACGAAUGUUCCAAUGUAACACGUGUCAAAUGAAGUUUGGAAGAGCGGGAGGCCUACGAAGGCAUAUUCAAAUGGUACACGAGCAGCAGCUCUUCAAAUGCCCCUAUGAACAUUGUGAGCAUCCUGGUUAUAAGUGCACAAAGGCUUUGACAGCUCAUAUCCGAUCUCGUCACACGUUUGUGAGGCCAUUUUCCUGCCUACAUUGUGACAAAAGUUUUGUUCGUAAGAACGAUUUGAAAGUUCACGAGCAAAUUCAUUCCCUCCAAUCUGGACAUGAUUGCCCGUUUUGCAAAAAAACUUUCAAACGGAGCAUUUAUCUCAUGAAGCAUUCAAAGAAAUGUGUAAAAACCCCCAAAAAAGAAGAAUGUGAUUAG